AUGAGACCCAGCAGCUUCUUGGUUCUGGCGGUUCUCUUUGUCCUCGGCGUGCUGGUGGGACAGGCCGCUGUCAGGGGAGUUCCUUAUGGAGGUCAACAAGUGGAACAUGUGAUGGCCAAAGGACAAGGUCCAUAUCCAGUCAAAGGUUCACAUCCAGCCAAAGGUCCAGUCCAACAUCCACAAAAAGUCCCCUCGAAGCCUGGCUCCUGCCCCAGGGUUCUGAUGAGGUGCGCCAUGAUGAAUCCCCCCAAUGCCUGCAUGAGGGACUCUGAGUGCAAUGGGAACAAGAAAUGCUGCAUGGGCUCCUGUGGAAGAAUCUGCACGAGGCCCAGAAUGAGGAACUGA